GACGCACCGCGACCAGCAGAGGGCGCCACUUGCAGACGGACGUCGUGUCUCUGUUUUGACCUGAACACGAAAUAAAAAAAAUAAUAAUAAAAAAAUAAAAUGAUGUCACUUUUAUAAACUUUAAUACCUCUUCGCUAAAUACUAAAAUAUACAGAAUUUAGGGUAGUUUAUUAAAUACUAGCGAACAUUCAGACAACAGGCAACAUGAGAAAACACAAAGCAUUUGAUAAGGUCACUAUGAAUUCCUAAUGGAGCCCCCACAUAAACUCUGGAUGAGCCUUUACGACGUAUUGAACAAACGUCUCGUGGUAAAUGUCGACUCCGACAGAACAACGCGACGGGCUGCGGGUCCUAAAGCGCGGCCUGCCUUUUAUCGUCCCCUGAUGCAGGAAUGUGCAGGAUGCUCAGUCCACCUGAUACUGGUUUGCACCCGGGGGGGGAGGGUCUCCAGCCUCCACUCGAGCUGCCAUAACACGGCGCAGCUCGGGCGUGCGUGCAGGCGAGCGCAUCCUCAGAGAGCGAGACGUCUGCGGGAAACAUGAUCGCCACAUAAAUCCAUCGCUGCCUUUUUUUUGUUUUGUUUCAUCGCUUGUCUUCAUCCCCAUAGGACAGAACGGAAGAGCGGCUCCGCGCGGGGAGGACGCGGGCGGACGCGAUCGGACGGCGUGAGGCGCGCGAGGCGAGGUCACCGCAGACUCCCACCACGGUGCCUGUGAUCCCCGUGCCUUCAUCUGAAGUUCUGACACUCCUCAAAUAACCUCAGGCAGCGCCGGCAAACGCAGCCACCGUUUCAUCCGACACCGGUAUCAAAACCUCAGGGAGGAUGUGAGUGACGAACCCCCAACGCAUCCAGCCAAGAAGGGAACUGGGAUUCGGUGCCUGCUAUGGACUGAGCGCUCGGGCUGAUACCUCAUCACUGGCCUCGCUCGGAAGUUGACAAUGGUGUUGUUUCUGGUUGGGGUCUCUACCGCCAUCAAUAAUUCAGCUCAUGAGAACCACACGGCAGGAAACCCCACCCAUCAGGGAGCACACGUGCUGCCCUCCACCCUGGUCAUAUCCCUGCUUCUCAUCAUCGUCGUCCUGCUGACAAUCUACUGCCUGAGGUUUAAAAACCACAGGAAAGCUCUGGUUACCUCUGUGGAUAAGAAGAUUCCAAAUGGCUUCUUGGAGGAACGAGGGGAGCAGACGGUGGUCCUCCUCCCCAGGUCGCCCUCGCCAUCCAAGCGCUACUUCCCCAUUCCUCUGGACUCGCUGGAGGAGGAGUACCGGAUGCGCUCGGCCGACGACGGCAAGCUCUUCAGAGAAGAGUUUAAUUCGCUGCCAUGUUACUACCAUCAUGGGUCCUUUGAGGAGGCGAGCAGAGAGCAGAACAGAGAGAAAAACAGAUACCCAAACAUUUUACCCUAUGAUCAUUCUAGAGUGGUGUUAAGCCACGUCGAUGGGCAUCCGUGCUCGGACUACAUAAACGCAUCGUACAUAGAUGGCUUCAAGGAGAAGAACAAAUUCAUUGCAGCUCAGGGCCCAAAGCUGGAGACGGUGGCCGACUUCUGGAGGAUGAUUUGGGAGCAGAAAACGGCGACCAUAGUGAUGCUGACCAAUCUGAAAGAAAGGAAGGAGGACAAGUGCUACCAGUACUGGCCAGAAAAAGGCUGCUGGAUGUACGGCAACGUGCGAGUGGCCAUGGAGGACUUCACCGUGCUGGUGGACUACACCAUCAGGAAGUUCUGCGUUCAGUAUGGCGCCGACGGGCCCCGGGCCCCCCGCCUCGUCACCCAGCUCCACUUCACCAGCUGGCCGGACUUCGGGGUGCCGUUCACGCCCAUCGGCAUGCUGAAAUUCCUCAAGAAGGUCAAGGCCGUCAAUCCGUCGUACGCCGGGCCCAUCGUUGUUCACUGCAGCGCCGGGGUGGGCCGGACCGGGACCUUCAUUGUCAUUGACAGCAUGAUCGACAUGAUGCACAUGGAACAGAGGGCGGACGUGUUCGGCUUCGUGAGCAGAAUACGGGAGCAGCGCUGUCAACUCAUCCAGACAGAUAUGCAGUACUCCUUCAUCUACCAAGCGCUGCUGGAGUACUAUCUGUACGGAGACACGGAGCUAGAUGUGUGCUCUCUGGAGGGCCAUCUGCAGAGGCUUCACAACACCAGGGCUCCCCACGACAGGCUGGGCCUGGAGGAGGAGUUCAGGAAGCUGACCAACGUGCGCAUCAUGAAGGAGAACAUGCGCACCGGGAACCUUCCUGCCAACAUGAAGAAGAACCGCGUGCUGCAGAUCAUCCCGUAUGAUUUCAGCCGAGUAAUACUCUCCGUGAAAAGAGGACUGGAGUUCACCGACUACAUCAAUGCCUCCUUUAUUGAUGGCUACAGGCAGAAGGACUAUUUUAUCGCAACCCAGGGCCCCCUGUCUCACACUGUGGAGGACUUCUGGAGGAUGGUGUGGGAGUGGAGGUGCCAUUCAAUCGUUAUGCUCACCGAACUCAAAGAAAGGGAGCAGGAAAAGUGCUUCCAGUAUUGGCCAUCAGAGGGCAGCGUAACAUUUGGAGAUUACACGGUGGAGCUGACUGGAGAGACGCCGUGUGAAACGUUCACCCUCAAAGACAUGGUGGUCACUCAUAGACCGGAAAAGCAGUCCCAACACGUUCGGCACUUCCACUUCCACGGAUGGCCUGAGAUCGGAAUCCCGGCCGACGGGAGAGGGAUGAUUGACAUCAUCGCCGCCGUGCAGAGGCAGCAGCAGCAGUCUGGGAACCAUCCCAUAAUUGUGCACUGCAGUGCUGGUGCCGGUCGGACCGGUACUUUCAUUGCCCUCAGUAACAUUCUGGAGAGAGUGAAGGCUGAAGGCCUCCUGGACGUGUUUCAGACAGUCAAGAGUUUACGCAUGCAGAGACCACACAUGGUCCAGACUGUGGAGCAAUACGACUUCUGCUACAGAGUGGUUCAGGACUUCGUUGACAUUUUCUCCGACUACGCCAAUUUUAAAUAAUAGAGACACUGCUGUGUAAAAUAAUGUCAAAUUAACUUAUGCAAUUUUUUCUGAAUGUUGUUUUCUAAUGUAAGAUCUUUUUACAUUUUGCACUUGAUGACAGUUCUGGAAGUGUUGUAACAUAGUGUAAUGUAAUGGAAGCGUCUGCGCUCCAGGCGAGUCUUUCUCUUUCAGGAAUGUUUGAUCUUAAACUACAGUGGAAAACAUAGCAAUUAUGGUGAUUUACAUAACGGGCCGGUCGCGUCAACAUUGUCAGGAAAUAUUCAUUAAUUGUAUUCAAACUUUAUCUAUAUAAGUAAUGUAUAUAUGAGCCAGUAUGUAUUGCUUAUUCCAUGAAAGGCAUCACUAAAGUGUUAAGAGUGCCGUUCUGUUUCUUGUUACUGGCCACGAUGCCUUUCUUUACAUCAGUGACUCCCUCCCUCUCGCCUGUGAAUACAGUGGAACUCAACAGCUGCUGCCUGUUGCAAUUUUAUUCAACUUCACCACUUUCCUUUUUCGCCUGCGGCGGUUUUAUCCAGUAGAUUGGUGCAUGACACCGCAAAAUGCAAUUAGCCCACAAGGACAGGAAAUGAUUCUGUUAUUCCAGACGUAUCAUUUUACUAACCCAUCACUGCAGCAGCAUCACCGCUUUAACAAACCGACUUUACACCUUUAUGUUUGUGGCGGCUGUGCAACAUGGAUUAGAGAAGAGUUCUAAUCAGAGAAACUUGUCACCAAGUGACACGAUUAUAACAAGGAUACAUGUAAGUCAGAUGUUUAUGUUUAAUUUAGCUUAGAUACACUUCUUAUACUGUAGGUAAUCAAUAAUAAUGUAGGUUGUACAGGCAUGUAUUCUAAAUAUUAUUAUUUAUAUAUCAUUUCGUUAUUUGUUAAUAAUAAUUGUCAUAGAAACCAAGAAUACGAACAAGGCUUACAUGAUAAAUGUGCAUUUAAGUAAAUAACUAAUAACUGAUAAUUAAUGCUGUAAACAAGAAACCACAAUGUUGCACUGACGUCAAAGGCAUAUUAUAUAUUUUGUUGCAAAGCUUCUGCUUCCAUCUCUGAACACUUUAGCUCUGGUUGAAGAACAGAACCUUCCGCUGUGUGUUCUAUUAUUAUGCUUUUUAUUAGGCCUCUGAAGUGACGAAGCAGAUCUAACAGCCACACUGAUCACUUUGUGUUCUUGUAGUUAUCCAUCAUCAUGACUGUUGUUGACAUCACAAUGUGGCGUCGUGGCGUCUGACUCAGAUGAAGGGGAAACGACAGCGAGGCCUUGCAGCUGGCGUAACGUAACUGAACAAGCAUCUUUCCACGAUGUCUCUGCCUUUUGAGUCUGUACGGAUUUAAACUAUCUGUUUGCUAAAAGCCGAUUACAAUAAAUUCUAGACAAAGACA